AAGUGGGUGUUUUCUCGAGUUCUUGGUGUUGAGGAAGAGUUACCUGAUUCUAGAUCGUUCCCUGGCUAUAACAGGUUCCGUUUUUACCACUUUCGUUGGGAUAUAAUCAGGUUUGUUUGACUAAAACUGUACCCGAGUUCUGAAGAAAAAUCCAAGAUGGCGGCUGCAGGCAAGGGCACACGUGGGGCGCUGAACGCCCUGAAAAACCUUCCGCGUGUCGCUCUGACCAACAUCAAGGCCAUGCCCGGCGCCUUGACCAAAGCACCUCGCCGUAUGGGCGGCAAGAAGAAACGGAAAUGCGGUAGAGGUCACAAGGGUCAAGGUCAAAGAGGCACCAGGCCCAGGCUUGGAUUCGAAGGUGGGAACACCCCGUUCUACCUCAAGAUCCCCAAGUACGGUUACUAUGACGACCACAGCCGUCGCAGACAGUACCCUCCCCUCUCGCUCAACCGUCUACAGUAUCUCAUCGACAUGGGGCGUGUGGACACCACAGAACCAAUAGACCUCGCCUCACUUACCAUAAGCCACGCAGUGAAAAUCAACCCCAAGAGGCAACACUACGGAAUCAACCUUGUGGAAGAGGGGGCGGAUAUCUUCCAAGCUAAGAUCAACAUCGAGGUACAGUAUGCCUCGGAGCUGGCCAUCGCGACCGUGGAGCGAAACGGCGGGACGAUAUCCACGGCAUACUAUGACCCCAUGGCCUUACUGAUCCUGUGCAACCCCAUAGGAUUCUUCGCGAAGGGUAUUCCAAUUCCGAAACGAAUGCUCCCACCCGAAGAUCUGGUGGAGUACUACACGAACGCAGAGACUCGGGGAUAUCUCGCAGAUCCGCAAGAAAUCCAGAAAGCUCGGCUGGCCCUCGCAGAGAAGUACGGGUACAAGUUGCCAGACCUCUCCUUGGAAGAACAGUUUAAGAUGAUGAGUAUAAGAAAGGACCCGAGACAGAUUCUGUUUGGACUGGGAGCAGGCUGGCUGGUGGACUUGAAUAGAAAAACUGUUCUGAAACCCACAGAUCCUGAUCUUCUGGAGUUCUACAAGUCUUGAGUACGUUAUAAGUAG